AUGAUCGUUACAGGUAAUACUAUUACUACCGAUUCAAAUAACAAUUCCGGUUACUCGUCAUAUUCAACUACUCCCUUAAAUAUUUCCCCAGUUUCAAGUAACUCCACCGCUGCUAAACGUCCCGGAGAUUACUACAUUCAGAGAUUGACCCAAUCGUCCUCUCUGAAUGGCUCAAUCAAGAGAAACUCAAAUACAACUCUUGCUCAUCCUACUAAUGCGAGACCCAAGUCUGGUGACUCUAUUACUUCGCUACAUUCAUCUACUUCAUCUGAUGACUCUGCUCUGAUGGUAUCUACUCCAUUUGAUUCCGGUGGUAAUUCUAGACUCAGCUCCAUGACCUCCCAUUCGAUCGUAUCUGAAGGAGGUGGAGGUAUUCUUAAGAAUAAUAGACCGCUUCCAAAGGCUAAUAUUUCGGAAUCUGCUUCUUCUGCUGCUACAUCUACUGCCUUUGCAGCUGAUAAUGCUAUAGAAGAAAAUGACGAUACUUUUGAAGACCAAGUUAACACACUGCUUUCUACACUUAACUUGAAAAGUAAUCUUAAAACAACUAGUGGUACUUCACGUUCAAACUCAACGGCAUCUAAUUCGUCAUCAAUGUCUUCCAUAGCUGAAUCACAAACAGGAGCAGCACCACCAAAGUAUAAUACUCUUAAGAAACGAGCAAUGUCAUCUCCUUCGUUGAAUAGAUCCCAAACUCAAAACAGUUCAGUUACCUCAGUCAAUGCAAGCCAUACCUCACUUACCCGGACAAAAUCAAAAUAUAUAAAUCCUAAACAGUCAAAAGAACGUAAGCAAAUGAGAAAGCAACGGUAUGAAGAAAAUAUAGAUGAUGAUAUUCUUAUUGACGACGACUUUGAUCUUGUGUUUAAUGUUCCUAUCAUCAAAUCUAAAGAUGAAUUGUUUGUUUCCAAUAAUAGUCCCUCUAAGUUCCGCAUGGCUUUACUUGAUAAAGACGAUCAAGGAAAAUACAAUAUCAAUGUAAAACCAUGUCCCUUACCAGGACAGUUAUCGAGAUCCCUUUCAGAUGUUAGUAUGAAAUUUCCUACCAAUUCGACGCUGCUGCACCCCGUCCCAGUUCCUAAUGCCAAGACUACCUCAACUUCAACUAUAAAUCACUUAUCAAGUGAAAGUGUCAUUGUUGAGGAAGAUGCAGAUUCAGAUGAUAUUUCACAACCAAGUCGAUCUCCACCACGUAUGGGAAUUGGCCGUAGAUACAGCAUCACUGAUCUGUUUGUUGAAGAUGAUAGUGAGAUUUCACGCAACAUAUCUCAAUUCUAUAGUCUGCGGUCUGCUUCUUAUUCACGGAUCCUUAAGAUAAAUCGGGAGCAAGAACUCAUAUAUAAACUUCCCGCUUAUGUGAGAUCACAAUCUUCAGUCGAAGAUCUUCAUCUUAUGUCUAAGGAAAAGUUGGAGUUAAUUGAUCAAACACGGCCAAUUCACCUUCCACCCAAGGGAGAGGGAGAUAAGUUGAAGCAUGCUAAGGAAAUCCAAAAGAUUAUCACUACCAUGGAAUCAAAUACUAAAUCUUUGAGUGAAAAUAGAGUUAAAUCCAAUGGAUAUAACGUUACAAACCUGAAGAGAUGGGGAGUAAUACAUGAAACCAUAAAUGAUGGACAUAAUUUGUUUUCCCGUAAUGAUAAGAAUUAUCUUCGGAAACUAGCUUGGGAAUCAACGUGCCCUGAGAACUUUAGAUUACAAUUCUUCCAGACAGUUCUUAGAUACAACCAUCCUGAUACACUGGAUAUUUUAAAAGAAUUCCAAAAGUCUGAGAUAAGAUUAUCUGAAUUGAAUGCUUCGUUCAAGAAGGAUAAGGACAAUGAAAUUGAUCAAACUGUGAACAAGAUUAGCGACAGACCUUUAUUCAAAUGCUGUUUAUCUCAAGCAUUGAACCAUGAACAAUUUAAGUCCAACUUGAAACAAUUGAUAUAUUUGAAGACUGUAUCAUCUUAUGGUCUUGCUAAGCAUGAUGAUAUUUUCCUUUUACCAGCACUUUUGGCAGUUUUCUCCACGGCAUCUAUAUGUGAAUUAUUUGAGCUUGGUGUUCUUAUUAACGAACAAAUAUUAACUGCAGAGUUCUUUAAUCAAGGAAAUACAGCAUUUGGUAAAUGGAGUGAUUUGAAACAGUCGUAUUCAAUUUCUUCGUACCUUUAUAAAUCUCUUGGUAAGUUUCAAGAUUUGAAUGAGUUUGAUAAUCUUACUACUUUGGGAGUAUUGCAAUUAAUUUGUCAAUUCAACGAUCAGAUGCCUCUUUCAAUGUCAGCACCUUCAACUCCAUUAUCUAAUACCAUCAGUGCGUUUUCUCCUCAAAACUCCAGACCAAACUCGGUGGAGGCCAUUGAAUACAUUCCUACAAAGCUUCAGGGUACUAUCACCAUCUCUUUGAUCACCAGGUUGUUACAGGUGAUGGUUGUGUAUGGGUAUACUGCUAAAACAAGUAUCAAGAAUAACGUCAACAUCAUUCAAUGUUUGGUGCUUGUAGUGGAACAAUACUACCAUAUGAAUUGGAUGGAUUUAAGAGAAUUAAUACAAUUAAAUAAACUGGUGAAGUUGAAUAAUUCAGCAGAUUUAGACUCUAAUUUGGAAGCUUUUACGGACAAGUGGAUGACGGCAUUCAAGAAAUUCUAA